AUCUCUACAACAGCGUUAAGUUCGGGGAGCCUUAUUUUGCUAAAAGGAAAAAGUCCUGGGAUCUAAUAUUAACCUUUCUACAAAGGUCUUAGACGUCAGACGACGGGGCGCAGUGCUACGUGCGCGCUCGUUGCGCUACGUUCUCUCUGACGUCACCGCCCUCUUAUCACCUGAAAUCCCUGAUAACGCUCCGCGCGCUCCCUGUCGGCACUGAAUGGGGGGGCUCAGUCCAGCUUCUGACAGCUCGUCCAGUAGUAUUAUCAUAGGCGCCACGGUCCACUCACCCGGUCGGGUCCGCUGCGUUCACACUCAGUAGCCAACGGCCCCGCUCCUCCGGUAGUACACAUUUAUUCAGGUAGUCUGGUAGCGUGCUGACAGUCCAACUAGUUCCGUUAGUGUUCUGACUCUUCUCUUCUUAGCCCGGCAACUUAGUGUUCUGACGGGCGGAGCUGUCUCUGUCUGUCCAGGAAUGAGAAAUGAUGGCCGGCUCUGCAGCAGAGGAGAAAACCUUCCGACGGUUCCUGGAGCUCUUUGUUCGGGAGAUGAGGAUGCCUCUGCAGGAGAGCGACCCGCUCCCGAUGCGCCCCUUGACGGACCUGGUGUCUGAGGAGGAGGUGGAGGGGGAAUGCCUCGACCUGUGUCUCCAGCACCUCUACAAAUAUAACUGUCCAUGCUCCUUGGCUGCAGCCUUGGCCAGAGCCACAGCAGACAGCAUCCUGCAGACUGACCUCUCCAUCCACCACCUCAAUAAGACCGUAGAAGAUGGAGCUGACCCAUUACCACAGAUCGAGUCUGUAAAGUUGGCCCGGCUGGUGUUCAACAGGCUCUUUGAGAUGUGCUGCCUCUGGCUGAAGGAGCUUCCCUUUCGCCGUCGCCCACAGCCAUACUAUGAAACGUCUAUCCAUGCCAUUAAAAACAUGAGGCGCAAGAUGGAGGACAAGCAUGUCAUUAUCCCUGACUUCAACACACUCUUCAAGAUUCAGGAUCAAGAGGAACAGGCCUUCUUUGCCGUGUUCGAUGGUCACGGAGGCGUCGACGCUGCCAUCUACGCAGCCAACCACCUUCACGUCAACUUGGUUCGCCAGGAAUCCUUCAACCAGGACCCCAACGAGGCCCUCUGCAGAGCCUUCAAACUCACCGAUGAGCGCUUCGUGAAGAAGGCCUCGCGUGAGAACCUGCGUUGUGGCACAACAGGUGUGGUGACGUUCCUACGAGGCCGGACGCUACAUGUGGCCUGGCUGGGGGACUCCCAGGUCAUUCUGGUGAGGAGAGGGCAGGUUGUGGAGCUCAUGAAGCCACAUAAACCAGACAGAGAGGAUGAAAAGCAGAGGAUCGAGGCUCUGGGAGGAUGCGUGAUCUGGUUUGGCACAUGGAGGGUCAAUGGUAGUCUCUCUGUAUCCAGAGCAAUAGGUGACUCGGAGCACAAGCCCUACAUCUGUGGAGAUGCAGACCAUAGUAUCUUUCCAUUGGAUGGUUCAGAAGACUACUUGAUUCUGGCCUGCGACGGCUUCUGGGACACAGUGAGUCCAGAUGAGGCAGUGCGAGUGGUCAGCGACCACCUUCAGGAAAACACUGGAGACACUACCAUGGUAGCCCACAAGCUGGUAGCCUCGGCCCGUGACGCAGGCUCGAGUGAUAACAUCACUGUCAUAGUGGUCUUCUUGCGGGACCCCCGCUCCCCGCCGCCCACCAGCAACGAGGACGAGGAGGAGGGCGUGGUGGAGGGAGAGGUGGAGGAGGAGGAGGCAGCCGAGGUGGAUGAGGAGGAGCAGGAGGAUGAGGAAGAGGAAGACGAGGCGGUCAGGGUGGAGCGCGAGGGCGGCGAGGGAGGCAGCACUGCGGACAUUGGGGGGAAGGGCCGGGGAGGCUGGCCCCUGCAGCAGUGCUCGGCUCCCGCUGACCUGGCCUAUGAAGACCGAACAGACUCGUUUACGGACAGAACUAGCCUCAGCCUGCUGGGCCCGUCGCUGGAGGAUCGCAUCUCCCUGACCCAGGGAUCCCCGUCCUUCUCCGGCUGGAGCCCCGACGCCUUUGCGGCCUCCUACAUCUACCGAGAGGAGCGCCCGCUGCGGCGCCGGGCUCGCGUCCCCUGUCAGGACGUCAUCUCCGGCUUCACGGACCCCCUGUGGCCGCAGACAGCCACGCUGCUGGGCCCGGCAGCGAGGCCAAGCUGCAGGCCUGGUUACGGCAGCCGCCGGAGGGUUCGGAGGUGGCCUGGAAGAUCUAAGGAGAUGCUGGGCCUGUUGCCAUCUGGCCACUUGCUGCCCCACAUGCAGCGCCACGCCAACCAAUGGCCCGGAGCGGCAGUGCCUCAACUUCCCCGCGAUGCCGCCAUCUGAAGUAGUAAACCUAAACCAAACCACCUACAUUCCUUCAGCCCCGCAUCCUGCCCCCCAAGGCCACCCUCCCACCCACAUCUGCCUUCAACAACAUGUCUUUCUUUGAUAGUAGAUAGUUGUGGCUCCUGCGGUUGUUAUGUGACUGUUGAAUCUGUCAGAAGAGUGGUGCUUUCCGUCCUAAGCCGAAAUGUUUCCCGAUGCGAGCUGGCCCCUUAAACAGCCCGGCUCGUUAAUGCUGUAGGUAAAGCGCAAAAGUGCAUCCUCUACAUUGUGACCAUUAAUCAUUCACAAGGCAGAGCUGCACAUGAAGGCAGGAAAAUGAGAUGAGUUCAGACUGAACGUGAAGUGAAUCGUGCAGACGGCACCGUCUGACUGACUCUAAGCUGUCACAUGCACAGUUCAAUAUUCUGUUUUGGAGCCAAAGCUCUCGAGACAAAGGUUCACUUGAAUCCCGUCUGAACACUCACUUAACUUUUAAUUUAUAUGCUUGGUCGCUUCACACGCUUGGCAGUGCCAUUAGACAGAAACGUGUUUUGAAGAAGAAGCGUUGAAGGUCAAACUUGUUCGAAGGUACACACUGAAAAUAAUGGCCUCCACAAGGUUGGAACGGAAAAGGUUUCUGUCUAAAAAGCCAUUGUAGCUGUACAUUAGCAGUACGAUUCCCCUCCAUUCAAAAUGAAACCAACAGUAUACUUAUUAGCUGUGCAUCAUCAACCUAUACAAACCUAUUUUUCUGUGAAUCCAGCCACACCGGAAAAAUGAGGCCGACUUUGGUCACUUAGUUGCGCCUUUUGUCUUUCCUUCGGUUUAAUGUUGGUAGAAAUGCAAUGUGAGCUGACAAAUUAUCUUGAGACAGCUGUCGAGAAUGUCAAGCGGCUGAGCAUUAAAUUAUGCUCUAAUGGCUCAGGCUGCCUUUCUGUGCCCCUGGAAAAUCCUUCAGUGACAGAUGAAAAAAAAAAGUUAGAGGAGGCCGGAACAAUGGCGGCUCCUGGUUUGUGGGACUGAAAGGAUGCUGUCUGCCGUCAUCCAGCCAUAGUUUACAGAUAAAAGCACUUAACAGUGGAUUAUAGGAGAUAAGUAGUCACACACACUACCUGAAUAAAUGCUUAAUGUAGGGAAGGAGUACACUGAGCUAAUGGCUUUUUGUGGGGGGAGGGUCAUUGUGCAUUUAAAAGUAAAUUGUUGGGCCACGAAGUUACUGCAAGUAUUUCAGGUGUAUUUAAAGUACUUUUACAGAAGAAAAUGUUCAUCCAGAUGAAUAUUAAAGUCAGGAUAUGCAGAA